AGUGUCCACCAUACACCAUCCAGGGAGCAAUUCUGACUGGCACGCAGAGACCUUUCUUUCAGGAAACCCAACCAGAGUGGUCUGAGAGCCUGUGAGCUCCACCUCAUGGAAACAGGGAACCUUACAAGAGAGUCAGAAUUUCUUCUCCUGGGAUUAUCAGAGGAACCAGAACUGCAGCCCCUCAUACUGGGGGGGUUCCUGUCCAUGUACCUGAUCACUGUAUUGGGAAACCUGCUUAUCAUCCUGGCCGUCAGCUCAGAUUCCCACCUCCACACACCCAUGUACUUCUUCCUCUCCAACCUGUCCUUGGUAGAUAUAGGUUUCAUCUCCACCACCAUCCCAAAGAUGCUGCUGAACAUCCAGACACAGAGUAAAGCCAUCACCUAUGCAGGCUGCAUCACCCAGAUGUAUUUUUUCAUACUCUUUAUGGGGUUGGAUGACUUCCUCCUGACUGUGAUGGCCUACGAUCGGUUUGUGGCCAUCUGUCACCCACUGCAGUACAUGGUGAUCAUGAACCCCCGGCUCUGUGGACUGCUGGUGCUGGUGUCCUGGAUCAUCAGUGUGUUGAAUUCUUUGCUGCAGUGCUUAAUGGUUUUGAGUCUUUCCUUCUGUACAGCUUUGGAAAUCCCCCACUUUUUCUGUGAACUCAAUCAGGUGGUCCAACUUGCCUGUUUUGACACCUUUCUUAACAACAUGGUGAUGUAUUUUGUAACCGUGCUACUGGCUGGUGGUCCCCUGGCUGGGAUCCUUUACUCUUACUCUAAGAUAGUGUCCUCUAUACGAGCAAUCCCAUCAGCUCAGGGGAAGUAUAAAGCAUUUUCCACCUGUGCAUCUCACCUCUUGGUUGUUUCCUUAUUUUAUGGUACAAGUCUAGGUGUGUAUCUCAGCUCUGCUGGUACCCACAGCUCACAGUCAAGUGCAGCAGCCUCAGUGAUGUACACUGUAGUCACACCCAUGUUGAACCCCUUCAUCUACAGCCUCAGGAACAAAGACAUAAAGGGGGCUCUGAAAAGAUUCUUUGGGAUGGUGGGUAAGAAAUGGACAAUUGCCCUGGGGCUGAUGAAGUCCCCAUUACUGUAG